AUGAGCACCAGCACCACACAUGUGCAGAAGGAGACGAUAUUAAGCCUCAAUUACUAUGAGAUCUUUUCCCUUGACCCUUCCGCACGAGAUGUUGACUUUGGCUCCGUCCAUCGCGCGUAUCGCCGCUUUGCUCUCUUGUUUCACCCCGACAAAGAUCCCUCACCGGCUGCAAGAGCGGCGUUUGAGCGGGUGAAACUUGCUGCAGAGACGCUUACAGACCCGCAGAUGCGUCGAGAGUAUGACGAAGAGUUGCUGCAGAAAUUGCAACGCUCAACGGGCACCGGCGCCACAUCCGCGUGGCAACGACAGCAACGGGAUGUAAUGGAGGAAGAGGCGCUUGCAGCCGACAUGAUUCUCCGACAGAAGGAGGCAGCCACGGCGGCGAAGGCAGCGGCGAAACGUGAGGAGGAGUUGGAGAAGGAGGCGGCAGCGAAGCAGAUGCUGCAUGAGUUGACAAACGCUCUGACAACUCCGUUUAAGCGGAUGGAGGAGGAGUUGGUGCAUGAAUGGGAAAUUGACGAGGAUCUUCUGUCGAUGAAGGAAAAGGAGGUGGAGUCUCUCCUGCAGAAGCUACGCGAGUACAAUGAAGGUCAGGGUCGGCAUGGACGGUCGGUGGAUGCACACACGUGUGGUACAAAACGCAGAAGAAGCGAAGAAGAAACCGCCAGUAAAGUAUGA